AAACGCUUGAAAAAAGACAAGCAAGUGGUUUGUUAUUUCGACUGUGUUUCUUCUAUUUUACAAUAUUUUCAAUUAAAAUUAUAAGUUAGAUCCUGUGAAAUUAAAAUAUUAUGGAUUACGGGGAGGUAAGAACUUCUGAAGAUGUAAGGAAGAUAAUCAAGACAGCGAAGCUCCACGAGUCUGAGUUGACUGAAAUCACUCAGAUUCUACGGUUUCCGGACCCUAAUCAACAUAAUGACAACUUGAAACUCAUGUUGCUGGAUGACAAUCUUUUGAAACAUAUUGAAGCGGGAAAUAAGUUACACUUCAAAGGCGAUCCCGAGGAAAACGUAGUCUUGUGUACAGAUAACAAAACAUACGAUGUUAAAGAAGCAGAGACUUCUAACAGUCUUCUUCUUGUAUCAGACUUGAUGUUUGCGGCUUCAACCGGUCUCGAUGAAACUAUUGCCAAUAAUUCCAUGGAAUGUGACUCCGAUAACUCUUUCGAUAAAUCCAACACAAGUCUUAAUAAGUCUACAGAGUCUGACGAAGGCGCGAAAGUCCCAAGGAAAAUUGAACACAAAGACAUUGUCAAUACAUUCUUCACUUAUUAUGAACUGAAGCCUUGCAAACCACGCUUAUCUAAAUUGCAAAAAAUCUUGGAACCUACCAGAUAUCAGGGUUCUGAACUUGAAUACGCAAUUGAUAAAUCAAAAUUAUUAUCUUAUGAGGCCAUUUCUGAUCAUAUUCAAGCAUCUAGGGCUGAGAUUGACCAGGAGUUACAAAGGAUUCAGGCGAUAAAAAUUGAUGGAUACUAUCGCCUCUUAGAGUUCGAUUACGAGUUCCGAGUUUUGUCUUACAUGUUGGAUCUGAUAGAUGAAAACUCUUGGCCUUUGGAUAAAAUCUCAAAAGAAGUUACACUUGAUAGUUUAAAAGAACUGGUGCCAAUGUCGAUACUAGAAGCUAUGUUUAGAUUUUACACUAUAGAAACUAUAAUGGAAGAUGAAGUGCAGUAUUACAAGUACGACCAAGAUAAAGUUUGUAAAUUUUUGGCGAGGGUAUUAUUAAAGAGUGCUGGAAAAUUCAAUCUAGCCGAAUUUUUGCAGGCUUGGAGGGAUUCUGUCCCUGAUGGAAUGGUCACUGAUGAAUCUCUCUUGUCAGGGAUAGCUUUGAUUGAUAAAUCAACGACACCGCAAGUGAUUUGGGGAUUUUCGGAAAGCGAUCUCCCUGAAGACAUCAAUGAGCGAUUCAGGGUUCUAUUCCAGACGAAACCCAAGUGGACAGUGGAUCAGAUAUCACCAUACAUUGAAUGCUACGCAACUGAAAAGCUUAACGUGAACGCUCUGCUAACUAAAUAUGCAAGAGCGUCGACUCAAGAUGGUGUCAGGGUUUUCUCUGCCAAACAUAUGAAGUGAUAAUUUGAAGAUUAAACUAUUCCACCUCUUUCUCAUUGUGUAUAAUACCAAGUAAGCAUACAUUUCUUCAGUAUAAUUUUGUUGUAUCUGUUAUGGCUAAUAAAAGACAAAUAUAAUGUGAAA